AGGAACUGGGAAGCAGGCAACGCCACGUCUCUGUGGAGAGCCGAGACCUGUCCUGAACUCAAGUUCCCACAAUCCUCCACGCUUAGCAUCGCUCCAUGAGCUCAACCCCUGACUCCGCAUUAUCAAUCUGGAUUGGCUCAACUGAGCAAUGGCUCGUGACGUCAAUUUUUAAAUAAAUCUGCUGGUCCAUUAGUUCUCAGGGUUAUUUUCCGUCUGAAGAGAAGCUUCCAACUUGAAAAUAAACAACAAACUUGAAGAAGAAUCCGGUUUUUUAUAGAGUCUCCAGAACCGAACCAGCUGACGAGUCUCGGCCACCGGAUCCUCGUUGUUCUGGAUCCUUCAUCAGUGGCUGUAAUCAGCAUUUAGUGAACAGAAGCCUGGAAGAUCCACUGUAGAAGAACUAGUCUUGUUUUUCCAAUCAAGGAGAUAUGGUUCGAAGAAAAACAAAACUGAACCAAGAAUCCAUCUCUUGUUCCAUCUGUCUGGAUCCACUGAAGGAUCCGGUGACUAUUCCCUGUGGACACAGCUACUGUAUGAACUGUAUUAAAACCCACUGGGAUGAAGAGGAUCAGAGAAGAAUCCACAGCUGUCCUCAGUGCAGGAAAACGUUCAAACCGAGGCCUGUCCUGGAGAAAAAUAUCAUGUUAGAGGCAGUAGUAAAGCAGCUGAAGAAGACUGGACUCCAAGCUGCUCCAGCUGAUCACUGCUAUGCUGGACCUGAAGAUGUGGCCUGUGAUGUCUGCACUGGGAGGAAGCCGAAAGCCAUCAAGUCCUGUCUGGUCUGUCUGGUUUCUUACUGUAAGAAACACCUCCAACCUCAUUAUGACGUAGCCCAGUUUAAGAAACACAAGCUGGUGGAGCCCUCCAAGAAUCUCCAGCAGUUCAUCUGUUCUCGUCAUGAUGAGGUGAUGAAGAUUUUCUGUCGUACUGAUCAGCAGAGUAUCUGUUAUCUCUGCUUAAUGGAUGAACAUAAAGGUCAUGAAACAGUCUCAGCUGCAGCAGAAAGAGCUGAGAAGCAGAAGGAGCUGGAGGUGAGUCGACAACAAAUCCAGCAGAGAAUCCAGAAAGAUGUGAAGCUGCUUCAACAGGAGGUGGAGGCCAUCAAUGGCUCCGCUGAUAAAGCAGUGGAGGACAGUGAGAAGAUCUUCACUGAGCUGAUCCGUCUCAUCCAGAAAAGAAGGUCUGAUGUGAAGCAGAAGAUCAGAUCCCAGCAGGAAACUGAAGUGAGUCGAGUCAAAGAGCUUCAGGAAAAACUGCAGCAGCUCUCACACACAGAGGAUCACAACCAGUUUCUACACAACUACCCCUCACUGUCAGCACUCAGUGAGUCUACACACUCAUCCAGCAUCAAUAUUCGUCCUCUCAGAUACUUUGAGGAUGUGACAGCAGCUGUGUCAGAGACCAGAGAUAAACUACAGGACAUCCUGACAGAGAAAUGGACAAACAUCUCACUGGCAGUCACUGAUGUGGAUGUUUUACUGUCUGAACCAGAACCAGAACCAAAGAGCAGAGAUGACUUCCUGAAAUAUUCAAGAGAAAUCACACUGGAUUCAAACACAGCAGACACACGUCUGUCAUUGUCUGAGGGAAACAGAAACAUCACAUUAAUGGAUGAACAUCAAUCUUAUCCUAGUCAUCCAGACAGAUUCACUGAGUGGUGGCAGGUCCUGAGCAGAGAGAAUCUGACCAGACGUUGUUACUGGGAGGUGGAGUGGAGAGGAAGAGGAGUUGAUGUUGCUGUCGCCUACAAGAACACCAGCAGACCUCUAGAUCGAUUUGGGUCAUGUGACACAUCUUGGGCAUUAUAUUGUGGUACAAAAAGUUAUAUUUUUCGGCACAACAAUGUAAAAACUGCAGUCUCAGAUCCUCCUUCCUCCAGAAUAGGAGUGUAUCUGGACCACAGAGCAGGUAUUCUGUCUUUCUACAGCGUCUCUGAAACCAUGACUCUCCUCCACAGAGUCCAGACCACAUUCACUCAGCCGCUCUAUGCUGGGAUUCGCUUUUAUCACCAUUUAUGUACACAUCCUGUCAGAGACUCUGCAGAGUUCGUUAAACUGAAAUAGACAAAAGUAAUUCAUUGAUCAGGUGGUUAAAUUGUAUAUUUGAUCUUUAUCAAUCAGGACGUGUCAUUAUUUUAUCCUACGGAGCCGAUAUUCUGACAUUGAUUGUGGGAUGAAGUGAAUCUGUU